GAAUUGUAGGCUAUUGCAAAAGUUGAUAAUUCGCCAGUUGUGCGGGCCGAAAGAUUCCAUUACACGAUUAGAGCUUAAACUACCAAACAGCCCAUCGCGACGGUUAUCCUUGUUAAUCACUGGGCUACAAGUCUCAAGUCUCAACCCGCGUUUAAAACCAUCUGAUCCAGUCUGGCGCGCACACAGGGAUGUAACUGGCCAUUUCAACAUUUCAGCUGACCAGCGCGAUCGCAUGCCGAUCGUGCUCCAUAUAAUCCGCAUCAUUGCCGUAUAAAUACCGGCAUAAAUACAUACUUGUAUUCCAUUAAUCUGCUGGAUACAUUUUCCCGUAUGUACUGGUCAUUUUGAUGCUCAUCAUCGUAAACAUGUCUUCUUUUUUCCCACCGUCACAUGCAACAGCACGUCUCUGCAUAAAUGGAAUUUAAAGCCAAACUAAUGGAUCUCAGCUGUUAUUGUUGUCUUCCAUAACACAUCAGACAGGAACAUUGCGCCAUCAUGCAUCGCUUCGUGUUUUUCGAAUAUUUUCGUGAAAAGUGUCGUUUAUCGAAACAGUUUGGCUAGUAUGUGUCGCCGCGUCGGCGAUUUUAACCGUUCCCAAUUUAGCAAUCCGAAUUCGUUUUUCUUUGCACCAUUAGCGCUGUAUAUAUAACUGUGCCAUCACUGCCAUGGAUCGUCGGAAUUUUCUUUACGCUUUCUUCACCGCAUUUGUUUUACCGGUUGGGAGCUACGUGUCUCCGUAUGCUGUCGCUGACCCACCAUGCCCGGCCGUACCUAUCAUUAAUGGGAGAGUGUCUUACAAAACCGAAGAGAAGAGGGCAUUGUUUACGUGCGAUCCCGGUUUUCGAUUGUUUGGUCAACCAACCAUUCGCUGUCGCGGUGGAACAUGGGAUCAACCUGCACCGCUCUGUUAUAAUACAGAGCCAGGAUGUCCACCACUACGGAGUAUGCCGAAUGGCUAUCUCGUCUUUCAGGGUUCGGGAAAGGGUGUCGCAUUUGCGAAUUGUCACACAGGAUUUGAACGCUUGGGACCAAAUGUUUUGUAUUGCAAUGGAACGCACUGGAAUGGAUCACUUCCUGUGUGCAGAUCGAAACCGGCAACCAAGAUAAAAGCCUUAAACGUGGACAGUAUGCGCAAUAAUUCACCUCCCUUGCCCGUAGAAUCUAAUCAAAACGGAUUUGACUGUGAUUUUGAGAAAUUUGAUAUUGGAAAACCCUGCAUUUGGGUUCAGAAUUCCGAUGCAAUCUACAGGUGGACUGUACACAACGGACUAGACCACAGUGGACCACCCAAAGCUGUUAGCGGAAGCUAUUAUCUGUAUGCAAGACCGUCGUCUUAUGGAGAGCCAAGCGAUACUGCCAGUUUGAUUUCUCCAGCCCUACCAAGUGAUAAAGGAAACUCAUGCCUGUUAUUUCGAUAUUACAUGCAUGGCAUCCGAAUAAGAAAUUUAACCGUUAGAGGACAGGAACAAUCCGGUGUCGCACCUAUAUGGGAAAGUGAUUUCCUAUUUCGUGUCAACAGUACCAACAGUGAUGAAUGGAUGAUGGCUCAAGUCCCGUUGCCUUCCAAAAUUAUACGGGUACUAGUGUCCAGCCGAAACAUCUUACCAUCUCUCGCUAGAUUAUUCAGGCACUUACAUUUAUUCUACGUCUUGUUCUUGUGCAGUCAACAUGUUGUAGCCAUUGAGGUGCAGAAAGGAAUUCCAUAUUCUGCAGAUGUCGCCAUCGACAACCUUCGAAUUAUACAGUCCACCAAUUGUCCUCCGAUCAAUGCUGACCUUAUAGACGUAGCACCUCCUGAUGCUGGAAACACAACCAAGACAACGAAAUCAUCUCCCACAGUCCCUGCGGCAAUCCCCACUCCCCGCCAGCUCGGUGACCUUUCGACGACCUUCAACAAUCUAUCAACAAUUCCGCCAUCGUCCGGUGAGGUCAACAUCGACAUCUACGAAGUUGGCAAUCGGUCCUUCGUGGAUGAGCCAUCGAAAUUCACCCUGCAAGUUGUACAGCUGCACAGUGCCACGAUUAAUCCAUCGGACAUGGAUAAUCGGGGCUAUCUUGGCUAUCUGCAGGCCAAUCGUUCGGCACGAGUGGUCAUUGAUGCUCAGCCAAGCAAAACGGACAGCACGGAUGAGCAGCCAGUGCGCAAUGUAUCGCUUAUCACCGGUGUAACAAUUGGAGCGGCGGCGUUGACCAUGAUAUUGAUCGCCACGGCGUUUAUGAUCAUGCUGAGACGGCGUAGUCAAUGUAAACAAAAACCUAUUACCGAAGAGACGGAAUUUCAGUAUUUUUCCUAUAGUAAUGAUGGAUUUAGGGAGAUUGGUGCAACACUGCCGGCAGAUCAAGUUAAUAAACGAUAAACAUGUCCGUAACGGGAGAUAUGAAUAAUGCACA